AUGUCUAGGAAGGAUUGCGGAGGAGGAGACGCGACGAGGGGAAAACCAGAACGCGACCGAGGGGGAGGGGAGGGGAGAUCUGGUGGAGGGGCGGAAGAGUGGGAAAAGAGACGAGAACAGCGGGCUUGUCGUCAGUGGAGGCAGAUGGGAGGAGAUCUGCUCCCGAAACGGGUUGAUACCACCGGGGAACGGCGGGUAGUAGUAGUAGUAGUAGGUCGGCGAGGAUCACAGACUCAGAUUCCUAGCUGGAAAAAGGCCCUCGAAGCUUAUAUUAGUCCGGUAUGCUUGCGUUGUUCGUCAUCAGGCGGCCACAAUUUUGUAGCGUUCCAGAAUGCCACUAGCACGGACGGUUAUAUCCUCUUGAGGUCACUCGAACAACCCCAUGAAAGGAACCAAUUCAUACUUGAACGCGCGAGUCUGAAAAAAGAAGGACCGUCGCCAUCGAAGGGUAGCACUAUCAUCAUCUUCGAGACAUCUAGCUGCGUCCAAUGCUCAGUAGCGUACGUGGUUGGAAAUUGGAAUAGAAUCAGAGUGCUGGAUGCAUGCUGCAUUGGCAAAGGUAAAACGCCUACACAUCCAACCACAGCGGUCAAGAGCGGUGAUCAAGCUGCACUGUCGAGGGUCUCGAUCGGGUCAGGCCAUGUGUAUCACACCGGCUAG